ACAACUUUGGUACCGCGCAGCAGACGUUAAAAAGCCUACGUCAUUUGUAGACAGUGAUCAAUUAUUAGUGACGUCAUGAUACGACCUCUGACUUACUUGUGUGUGUUCGUAGUGGCUUGUAUUCCAAUUGAAUGUCUCGAGUUCCAGAUUGACCGAACGUCUCCCAGAGUUCCUGGCGCCUUCUGUGCCAGGUUGUCUUGUCAAGAAAACCUGGACACUGACCCUGUGACGUAUUCACUGGUCAACAUAUCGAUCUACAGAGAGUCACGUGACAGGAUGCUGCUGGCUUCACUCACAGAGGUGGACGGUCAACUACGUCAUCAGGGUCACACCGGGGUCAAGGUCAAUGGGUCAAUUGGUAAAACAUCAGCAGACAUGGAGGUGUUGAUGUCAGUGACGUCAUAUUGUCAGGACACGGCGUUUGUUUGUCAGGUGAUGUUUGCUGACGACAAGGGACAGAUUGGUGUCAGGGAAAAAGUUGUCCCCCCUUCCACAAUUCCGAUAACCCCAGAAAAAUCAAGAGACUUAACCCCAGCUCUCAAAAGAAAUGAUCGCCAACGAAGAUCAACUCAGCUGAUUGAUAUAGAUACGUCAGCACUGAUGAACGAUUCUGAGAGUGCAACUGACCUGAAGAAAAGGUUUUUAAAGAUUCUCGAGGCGCAACAAACACUUGUACAAAACUUAACCCACAAGCUCGAGAUGAGAGUUUUAGACGUUGAAAACAUGUUUCAACUCCUGCAUCAACAACUCGACAUUUCCAAAAACGAGAGUCACAACCAGACCGGUAGCUUCAUCUAUUGGCCUUUCUCGUACGCUGAGUUUAUUUCACAACCUAAGCGAAUCAAAUGUGAGCGGAACAUGGACCCCUGUUACCCAAAGAUGACCUUGGUUGUCCUUGAGAACGGGAGGGUCGUCAUGUGUGACACUGAAACAGACGGAGGGGGGUGGAUCGUCAUGCAGCGUCGACUAAUUGGUGACGUCAGCUUUCAACGAAACUGGUAUGACUACAAGCACGGGUUCGGAUCCUACAACGGAGAUUUCUGGCUGGGUAACGAGCUCGUCUCUAACUUAACGUCUAAGGGUCUCUUUGACCUGAGGAUAGAGAUGAAUUACAACAACGGAGAUCACGUGAUUCAGUACGACAGUUUUAGGGUGGAGGACGAGAGCUCGUGGUACAAACUCCGGCUUGGUCUUCUAACUGCUGGAUCUUACAAUGAUUUGUACAACCACAAGGACAUGGAGUUCUACACACACGAUAGGGAAAGUCCAGGUCAAUGUGUUAAAGCUUGGGUGGGCGGCUGGUGGUACCACAACGCUGGCUGUCAUCAUGUUAACCCCAACGGUCUCUGGAACACCCACUCAGAUCAGGGCAUGAGGUGGGCUAGCUUCACUGGUUCUAACUCAGUCAGCAGGAUUGAGUUUAAGUUUCGGAGACGUGCUAAUUAACUUGUGUAGCUAAUUAACUUGUGUAACUAAUUAAAUUGCGCAGCAAAUUAAAUUGUGUUGCAGUGUAGAUCUUUACAUUCAACAUCAAAUGAAUUCACCAGGCUGAUAUACUUAGGUAAACGAUGAAUGGCUAUAU